CCCCCACCCUCCCUGUGACCCCGCCCUGCUCGGAGCAGCCUCCCCAGGUGUCUGCAGCGGGAGGACGGAGGAAUGUGACGGGGACGCUCGGCUCUGUGCUGCGGGGCCUCAGCUUCACCUCCGCGGAUCAGACGAUGGAAACGAGCCCGGGUCUGUUCAGAGAAGUCUGAAGAAAUGAGGAGCAGCUCGACCCGGGACCAGGACAAGAUCUUUGGUCGCGGAUCUGUGUGAGUCUCGGUCCAGGUGUGGCUGUUUUUACCUGAGGCCGCGGCUCGGACUCUGUCGUGUCUGUUCGGAGAGUUUUAAGCUUCGGGACAGUUUGUUGUGGAUCAGGAUCAGGAUCAGGAUCUCACGAUGCCGGAGCUCAUCUCUGUCACCGAGUUUAUCGCAGAGACUAAUGAGGACUACAAAGCUCCGACCACGUCCAGUUUCAGUACCCGGAUGUCCCACUGCAGGAACACGGUGGCUGCUCUGGAGGAGGCUCUGGACGUGGACCGAUCAGUUCUGUACAAGAUCAAGAAGUCGGUGAAGUCCAUCAACACGUCUGGUCAGAAUCAUGUGGACAAUGAGGAGCAGUACAUCCAGUCCAUGGAGAAGUUUGGAGAUAACUUAGUUUGCAGGGACGACGCUGAGGUUGGUUCCGCCUUCCUCAAGUUCGCCGUUUUCACUAAAGAGCUGUCUGCGCUCUUCAAAAACCUGCUGCAAAACAUGAACAACAUCAUCACCUUUCCUCUGGACAGUCUGCUGAAGGGAGACCUGAAAGGAGUGAAAGGGGAUCUGAAGAAGCCGUUCGAUAAAGCCUGGAAGGAUUACGAGACCAAACUAGCAAAGAUCGAGAAGGAGAAGAGGGAGCACGCCAAGCAGCACGGGAUGAUUCGCACUGAGUUCAGCGGAGGAGAAAUCGCAGAGGAGAUGGAGAAGGAGAGACAACUCUUUCAGCUGCAGAUGUGUGAGUAUCUCCUCAAAGUGAACGAGAUCAAAACGAAGAAAGGCAUCGACUUCCUCCAGAACCUCAUCAAGUAUUUUCACGCUCAGUGCAAUUUCUUCCAGGACGGACUGAAAGCUGUGGAAAGUCUGAGACCCUCAGUAGAGAAACUGGCCACAGACCUGACCGCGAUUAAACAGAGUCAGGAUGGAGAGAGGAAGCAGUUGACUCAGCUCCGAGACGUCCUGAAGGCCUCACUGCAGUCUGAACAGAAAGAGGACUCUCAGGCGAAGCAGAACGCAGGUUACAGCCUCCAUCAGCUGCAAGGAAACAAAGCCUACGGCACCGAAUACUCCGGAGUCCUCUACAAGAAGAGUGAGGGACUGAGGAAGGUGUGGCAGAAGAGGAAGUGCUCGGUGAGGAACGGUUUCCUCACCAUCUGCCACGGCACGCCUAACAGACCUCCAGCCAAACUGAACCUGCUCACCUGCCAGGUGAAGAGGAACCCGGAUGAGAAGAAGAGCUUCGACCUGUUCUCACACGACAGAACCUACCACUUCCAGGCCGAGGACGAGGCGGAGUGUCAGGUCUGGGUGUCGGUGCUGCAGAACAGUAAGGAGGAGGCUCUGAACAAAGCCUUCAAAGGAGACCAGGACGAAGGAGAGAACAACAUCGUCCAGGAGCUGACCAAGGCCAUCGUCGGAGAGGUGAAGAGGAUGAGCGGCAACGACGGCUGCUGCGACUGUGGAGCGCCUGCCCCCACCUGGCUGUCCACCAACCUUGGUGUGCUGAUCUGCAUCGAGUGCUCUGGGAUCCACAGAGAGAUGGGGGUCCACUACUCCAGGAUACAGAGUCUGGACCUGGAUGUCCUGGGAACCUCUGAGCUGCUGUUGGCGAAGAAUGUGGGAAACGCCAGCUUCAAUGAGAUUAUGGAGGCAGAUCUGUCGCAGCAGGACGUCACCAAACCUAAUCCGAGCAGCGACAUGCAGAUGAGGAAGGACUACAUCACAGCCAAGUACACCGAGAAGCGUUUUGCUCGGCGGCGUUGUGCUGAUGCCGCGUCCAGGCUGCAGGUUUUAUACGAGGCCGUCAGGAACAGGGACAUCCUGUCUCUGAUCCAGGUCUACGCCGAGGGGGUGGACCUGAUGGAGGCCAUCCCUCAGCCCAAUGAACACGAACCUGGAGAGACGGUGCUCCACCUGGCCGUCCGAAUGGUCGACAGGAACUCCCUCCACAUCGUCGACUUCUUGGCUCAGAACAGUGCGAACCUGGACAAGCAGACGACCAGAGGAAGCACAGCUCUGCAUUACUGCUGCCUGACCGACAACAGCGAGUGUCUCAAACUGCUGCUGAGAGGAAAAGCCUCAACCUCCAUCACAAACGAAGCAGGAGAGACGGCGCUGGACAUCGCCAGACGCCUCCGACACACUCAGUGUGAAGAACUGUUGACUCAGGCUCAGACCGGAAAGUUUAAUGUCCACGUUCACGUCGAGUACGAGUGGCGUCUCCAGAACGAGGACCUGGACGAGAGCGAGGACGAGAUGGAGGACAAGCCCAUCCCGAACCGUCGUGAGGAGCGUCCGGUCAGCUGCAUCGUGCCCGGCAGCGGCCCCAUGCAGCCCAACCUGACGGCACUGGCCCGGGACGCCGCCUGCCUGGUCCGGGACAAACACAGGCCUCAGGUCCCCAGCACCAUCAUCAGCAACGAGACCUACGGCACCAUGCUGGACCUGAACCUGCCGCCACCGGGACCGACGCCCCCGCUGCCCCCCCGAGCUCCACACAGAGGUCACGGUAAACCUCCUGCCGUGGACACCGUUGGAAGACAGAGGUCGUCCUCUGACCCCCCCAACCCUCAAACCCCUGAGAGGAACUCCUCCAUGUACGUUCUCCCAGCUGCUCCUCCUCCAGUGAACAAGAAGCCCAGUGUGAUGGACGCCAAGCCUGUGUCGGCCAGGAACACCCCCCUCCCCCCUCUGCCUCCUCCACCGGCACCGGCAAUCCCACCUCCACCCUCCAUCCCACCACCACCCCACUACAAAGCUCCACCUCUGCCCCCUCCAGUCCCCAGCCACCAGACCAGACCAUCAGGACCACCGGGACCCAAGUCUCCCAAGUCUCCCAAAUCACCCACCGGGUCAGUGAAGCGUCCUCCACAGAGACCUCCUGUCAGGACUCCAUCUGUGGACAAACGAGGUUCUCAGUCCAAGUCUCCUCAGACUCCAACUCCUCCAACACCCAAACCCAGAACUGCUUUCUCUAAGCUCAAGCCUCAGAGAGUGAAGGCCAUCUACAACUGUUCGGCUGAUAAUCCAGACGAGCUGACGUUCACUGAGGGGGAGGUGAUCGUGGUGGAGGGGGAGGAGGACAGCGAGUGGUGGAUCGGUCACAUUGAAGCAGAUCCAAGCAGACGAGGAGUGUUUCCUCUCACCUUCGUCCACUUCAUCACAGAGUGACGUCUGGUGUGAGCGGAGACGAUUCACACCUCCUCCUCCUCCUCCUCCUCCUCCUUCUCCUUCUCCUUCGAAUCAAUGAGGAAACUCGAGUCCGACCUGAGAUCCAAACAGACUGAAGCUCCUUCUCCUUCGCUCAGACUUUUCUUCUCAGUCGUUGAUUCUGUGGAAAUGUGUUUAAUGAUGCAGCAGGAAUAAAAACUCACAGUGUUCAGCCAUGUUUCUGCUGCUGGCAUCAAACCUGUGACGUGACAAACACUCUGUGUUUUCUGUCUCUGCUCUGAUGACGCAUGUUUUGACUGGAAAUUAUUAUUAUUUUUAUAGUUUUAACUUUGCUGAAAGGUUGCAGGGAAACUCACUAUAUUAUCCACUUUGAUUUUACUCGUGUUCUUUAAACGCCCCGUGUCAUUAAAAACAUGUGAAAUGAACCUUUAA